CUUGCAGGACCCCUGGUGGCCACCAGGGGGCAGGCAGCAAGGCUUCUGCUGUGAAAAUUCAAGUGAGUCUUGGGCUCAGGUAGGUUGGCACCAGCCCUGGACAUGGGAUCUACCUUAGGGAGCCAGAAAAAGCCUGUCAUUCCCUGACACACUUCCUGGUACAUUUUCAGAAACUAAACCACCAUGGUAGCUUGAAUGAGCAUGGCUCUCCUAGGCUCAUACGUUUGCAAGUUUGAUCCCCAGCAAGUGGAACUGUUUGAACAGAUUAGGAGGUGUGGCCUGGUUGGAGAAGGUGUGUCGCUGGGGGUGGGCUUUGAGGUUUCCAAAGCCCAGGCCAGGCUUGGUCUCUCGCUCUCUGCCUGCAGAUCAGAAUGUAAAGCUCUCGGCGCCAUGCCUGUCAGCUUCCUACCAUAAGGUUCAUGGACUAACCCUCUAAAACUAUGAGCCAGUCCCGCUUAAGUACUUUCUUCUCUAAUUGCUGCCUUGGUCAGGGUGUGUCCUCAUUGCAGCAGAAAGGUAACUAAGACAACCAUGGAAAGUGUCUCCAGGGUAGACCUCAGUUCUGCAGCCCACGCUGUCCCCCUGGAUUCUGUGCCCUGAUGCCCACAGUAGGCGGACCUGGUUACUCCUCACCCAGCUGCAGAGAGCUGCUCACCACACAUUCCAGCUUCUUCGGAGCGUUGCUGGCACCGGCUGGUGUUUAUUUACCAGAGAAUAGUGUUCCUGAGAGCUGCUUGGCUGCACCACGUCCAGGAAAAAAAAAAACAGGGUCCUGUGGUCUUCAGCCUGCCGGCAGCCUGACCAGCCUUCUCCUGGGGGUAGCACAGCACAUGGCCUCCUGCCUUUCUCUGUUUCAACACACCCCUUCUCUGGGUAGCCUGGACUCAUCCCACCCUUCCAUGUGGCCUCUACAGACUCAGAGCUAGAGGGAGAAGCGUGGAGCAGAUAACUCUCCCUCAGAGAGCCAGUGUGUGAGGGACACACAGCUGAUUAUGUUGGAAGGUGCUUUACAGACCGCAAGGAAAAGCUACUGGUGACUUAGGGCCCAGGACCCGGAACUAUGGGACUUGAGGGACCGGAGACAGCUGGGCAGCCACAAGUGACCAUGCUGCCUGCAUUCAAUGGGAGUGACCUAAGAUACAAUGAUGUGGACGGCCACUGGCCACAGAGCCCAGAGAGGUCGCCGUGUGUGGCUGGUAUCAUCCCUGUCAUUUAUUACAGUGUCCUACUGAGCCUGGGGCUACCUGUCAACCUGCUGACUGCAGUGGCCUUGGCCCGCCUUGCUGCCAGGACCAGGAAGCCCUCCUACCACUACCUCCUGGCACUCACGGCUUCAGAUAUCCUCACGCAACUGAUCAUCGUGUUCGUAGGCUUCCUCCUACAGGGAGCCUUGCUGGGCCGACAGGUGCCCCAGGCUGUGGUGCGCACAGCUAACAUCCUGGAGUUUGCUGCCAAUCAUGCCUCGGUCUGGAUUGCAGUCCUGCUCACGGUGGAUCGCUACAACGCCCUGUGCCGCCCCCUGCGCCAUCGGGCCACCUCGUCCCCAGGCCGGACCCACCGCACUAUCGCCACUAUCCUUGGCACUGCCCUGCUGACGGGCAUCCCAUUCUACUGGUGGCUGGAUGUGUGGAGGGAUGCAGACCCGCCCAGCAUGAUGGACAAACUCCUCAAGUGGGCUCACUGCCUCAUCGCCUACUUCAUCCCCUGCAGUGUUUUCCUGGUCACCAAUUCAGCCAUCAUCCUCCGGCUACGGAAGAGGGGCCAGAGAGGGCUGCGGCCGGGGGUGAGCAAGAGCUCAGCCAUCCUCCUGGGGGUCACCUCCCUCUUCGCUCUCCUCUGGGCACCACGCAUCUCAGUCAUGCUGUACCACCUGUACGUGGCCCCUGUCCACCGGGACUGGAGGGUCCACCUGGCCUUGGAUGUAGCCAACAUGGUGGCCAUGCUCAACACAGCUGUCAACUUUGGCCUCUAUUGCUGCAUCAGCAAGACUUUCAGAGCCACGGUCCGACAGGUCAUCCACGAAGCACACAUGUCUUGUACCUUAAAGUCACAGCCAAAGGGCACAGUAGUGGACCUUGUGCUGAAGUCUGUAGGGGCAGAGCUGUAGAGGAAGGGGGCCGUGCUCAGUAUCCCAGGGGCCUCCGCGAUACCUGCAAAGAGGCCUUUGCAUUUGUUUUGGUUUGGUUUUGGUUUCUGAGACAGGUUUUCCCUGGGUAGUCCUGGCUGUCCUGCAACCUGAUCUGUAGACCAGGCUGGCCUCCAACUUGGAGAUCCACCUGCCUCCACCUCCCUAGUGUUGGGAUUAAAGGCGUGUGAAAUCUU